UCGAUCCGGAUCUCUACGGUCUGCUCACCCUUUCCCAUUAAUGUUGGUUCCCAUGGUAACAAGGUGGCUCGGGUGCCGGGGCCUAGACGCUAGGGGUCUGUCGGGCAGCCUGGCGGCUUAUUCCACAGUCUUCAUUCCUCUGAGCAGCAGCCUGUACAGCGACAAGGCGCUGAAGUUUUUCCUGUGGCUGAAACAGAUGAAGGAACUAGAGCUGGAGAAAGACUCUUUGUUGGUUGGCCUGGAUAUGCUGGAACAGACCAAGAACUGGUACCAGGACCAAAUCUGCAACGUUACUGGGAGGCAGAGGCAAAUGGGCAAGAGUGCCCAGAACGCGGAGACGUUCUUGAAGCCCAGUCAGAGUCACCUGAAUGUCCUGCUACCCAAACUGCAAGAGGUCAACAGCUGCCUCAGGGACCUCAUGUCUUAUGGAAUGGCUUCUGUUCCACAACCCACUUUCCAUCAAGAACCAACCUGCCAAUCAGAAGCAGCUCCCCAUGUAGCCAACGUGUUCCAGUAGCGUGGCGGCUAAUGACUGACCCAGGGCUAACUCGAAACAAACUUUAUUUGCAUUGUAACCUGCCUCCACUUUAAUUCUUCUCUUGUGGGCUCCUCCCCCUUCCUGCAGGAGGUCACCAGUGAAACCAGUGAGAGAGGGGAUGACAGCCCUGUAGCGGGAGGUGUGAGCUCCGAUCCUUAAGCAGCACUCUGGACUCUUUGUUGGCUUGAGCCCUAUGGAUGACACCCCCCUGAGCCCUAUGGA